AAAUGCUAGAAAAAAACAAGAAAAAUAAGGGAGGACAUCUUUUUUUCAUUUGAUUUUGCAUCAAUUCCUCCUCUUUACAUUACAGUAAUGGAGCAAUGUUACCAGAUUUGUAUAGUAGACCAUGUAUGAUUCACAACCCUCUACCUCACGAGUUCAAGAAGUACAACCCUCAGUUCAAGUGCAUUUCGGAGUGUGUGCCCUUAAAGCAUCUAUCAGGUGCUGUGACAGUUGGUGAGGCUGACAGUAACUGGAACCUUUGUGAUAGCGAUGUCUGCACUGAGCCCAAGGAGCAGCCCUGAGUUUCUUCAAUCAAGGUGAGACUGGAUAUGUCAUGUAGAAACUCUGCAAACCAAAAGCAAGAUUUGUGCUACUAGCUCCUACGUCAGAUAUACUCAAAGGAAGCUGCCUGGAAGAGUGAGACACGUGCAGCCUUGAGAGGAUUGGGAAGUAAAGGCCAUUCAAAAGCUUGGAUAAGAUGUUGAAGAUGCAGUUGAGGCAGAGGAAGAGUCAGAGCAGGAGAAAGAGCCAGCAGAAAAGGCAAAGACAAAACCAGAGAAGAGAAAAAUGGUGACAGAGAAAAGCCCUAAAGCCAAGAAGAAGAAAAAUAAUGAUCAGAAAGAGUGUAUAAUUCCUCAAGAGAAAGAAGUGGACGAUCAGCAGUCAACUAAACCCCAGAAGAAGAGAAAAAGAAAAAAGAAAACUAUCACAGACGUUUUGGCCACCUCGGAGCCAAAGCCAGGCGGUGCAGCUGACCUGCAGGACCUGAUUACUCGGUACUACUCAGACAAACGCUCGGUGAUCGAACUGGAAGAGCUCAAACUGCAGAACUCCUGCUUUCUAUCCAGUAAUGACUUGACACACACUCUCUCCUCUUAUCUGAAACAAGUUUGUCCCAAGUGGGCAAAGAUCCAAAAGCAGCAUUCAGAAAAGAGUUCAGUGGUUAUACUGAUUGUCUGCAGCUCUGCGCUUCGAAGUAUAGAACUCAUCAAGCAGUUGACUGCUUUCAAAGGCGACGCCAAAGCAGUGAAGCUUUUUGCUAAGCACAUCAAGAUUGAGGAGCAGGUCAAGCUGCUGCAGAAAGGCGUCAAACACAUCGGAGUGGGUACACCAGCCAGGAUCAGGGCUCUCAUUGACAAAGAGGGUUUGAGCCUGCAGGCUUUGAGGUACCUGGUUGUGGACUGGAACUGGAGAGACCAGAAGCUCAGGCGGAUGGUGGACAUUCCUGAGAUCAAACUGGACUUCUUGAAGCUGCUGGAGAACGGAGUCCUGGCUGCUUGUAAAGAAGACAGAGUCAAAAUUGGACUAUUUUAAUUGAACGUAUAUGUGAUCUUGUUAUUUUAAAUGAUCACUGAGGGACAUCACACUGUUUGUUUCCUACUGUGUUUAUGUCUGCUUCUCAUUUAACCUAUUUUUAUUUCCUAGUCUUGAGAAGUCUAGGAAAGUAUAAAAUAUCUUGUUGUU